UUUGUAAUAAUAAUGGUCUAUUAUUAGCGUAAUGAGAUAAAUUACGUUUUCAUGUUAGAUAAGCAGUGAUGCGCUUAUAAAUUUAAGUGCGAGGAUCGCAUGCAACAUCAUUGAUAUCUGCGUGAAAAUCGUGGAAGCAACAUGACGCGAAUCAGUGUCGCUUUGUCGUUAUUAUGUGUCCUGUGCAGCAUAACGUCCUCCCUUUCUUUCGUUUUCGAGGACUGCGGGUCACAGUUAGCUAAGUUCGAUGAAGUCACAAUUUCAAGCUGCGAUACGUCCGAAGAGAAGUGCGCAUUUCCUCGUGGGGUAGACAUACACGUAAACGCCAAAUUUACACCAAACACAGAUAUCUCGAAUGUCAUAGCACAUGCAUUUGGAGUGUUGCUCGACGUGCCUAUACCCUUUCCUCUAGAAGAACCUGAUGUAUGUAAAACUCCAGACUCCGGAAUCACUUGUCCCUUAAAGAAGGACCAGCCGGCUGAGUAUAAAACCACAUUUAAUGUAGAGAAGAAGAUCCCUGCGUUGAGCGUUGAAGUUAUGUGGGAAUUUAGAACCGAAAACGACGCGAAGAUUAUAUGUGUAAAGUUCCCGGCUAAGAUUGUAUAAGAUGCGGCUGAUAUUUUUGUAACAACUAUCAGAUUACGCCCUAGUAUCGAAGUGAACACGUUACCUAAGUUAGUUAUUUUUAAACAAUGGACCUCGCUGUAUUUUCAACGCAUGUCGAUGCAAACUUCACUUAAAAUUGUUGAAUAAAUAAAAAAACGAUCUCGUUAAUGC